CUAGCGAGAGGCGGGGCUGUGGAGCGGCAGAGAGUUUCGACUUGCUGCCGCGGCGGCUGCAUCUCUGCGGGCUUCAACGGUUAUCCCUUAAAGGCUCCGGGUGCCUGGGUUGUUUUUUUUUCUAUAACGAAAAGCGUUUUAAAAGAAAACGACAACUUGGUCUUAAGUUGUGGUGAGUGAGUCCUUUUUGAAGUCCGGACUGCCCCUCUCAAAGGCUCUUCUGCUCGGACUCGGUGUAAAUCUGUAGACUGUCACCGACAGGUAUUGUGGUGGGAGGAAUAGAAAAAUGAAACAAUAACAUUUUGUGAGAGGCCAUUGUCAUGGCAGCGAUACCUGAACCUUACAGCCAUGUGUUGGCAGAGUUUGAAUGUCUUAGUCCCCUGCUUUCUGCUCUCAGGCUGGAUUCCAGUCGUCUGAAGUGUACAUGUAUAGGAAUUUCUCGAAAAUGGUUAGCACUAGGCAGUUCAGGUGGAGGCCUAAAUCUCAUCCAGAAGGAUUGUUGGAAACAGAGGCUUUUCCUCACUCAUAAGGAAGGUGCCAUUUCCUAUGUUGCCUUUUGUUUACAUGAUGAAGAUUAUGUUGCUGUCGCUACCAGUCAAGGCCUUGUUGUUGUAUGGGAAUUAAAUCAAGAGCGUCGUGGGAAGCCAGAGAGGAUUUAUAUCUCUUCUGAGCACAAAGGCAGAAAAGUAACAGCGCUUUGUUGGGAUACUAAUGCACUCCGUGUUUUUGUUGGUGAUCAUGUGGGGAAAGUGUCUGUGAUCAAGAUUAAUUCCUCCAAACAAGGAAAGGCUGCUACUGCAUUUGUGAUGUUUCCCAUUCAUAUUAUAACCACGGUUGAUUCUCGUGUGGUUCAGCUUGAUUAUCUAGAUGGCAGAUUGCUUAUCUCUUCUCUUACACGCUCUUACUUAUGUGACACGGAGAGGGAAAAGUUUUGGAAAAUUGGAAAUAAGGAAAGAGAUGGUGAAUAUGGAGCUUGUUUUUUUCCGGUUGGAAAGAGUGGGGCAAAUCAACAGUCAUUGAUAUAUUGUGCACGGCCUGGUUCACGGAUAUGGGAAGUGAACUUUGAAGGGGAAGUGCUGAGUACACAUCAGUUCAAACAGUUGUUGUCAUCGCCGCCUCUUCCUGUAAUUACUAUCAGGGAGGAUCCAGAGUAUAACGCUUCUGCACGCUCUCCUCAGUCCUUGGCAUUCCCCAAGCUGCUUUAUUUAAGUGAGCACUGUAUAAUGACAUGGACAGAAAGAGGCAUUUAUAUUUUCAUUCCUCAGAAUGUCCAAGUUCUCCUCUGGAGUGAAGUGAAAGACAUCUAUGAUAUUGCAAUAUAUAAAAAUGAACUCUUCUGCUUACAUACCAAUGGAAAAGUCUCUCAUCUCUCCCUUCUGACAAUUGAAAAAUGUGUGGAACGAUUGCUUAGAAGAAGUUUUUGGACUCUUGCAGCCAAAAUGUGCUGUCUUUUCCAGAAUUCUAUUGUUUUGUGUCGGGCAAGAAAGCUUCUUCCUGUAGAUAAGCUGGAACAUCUAAAGUCACAGCUGAAUCUGUCAACAGAAACUGAUCUCAUUACUCAACUUGAAGAACUGAUCUCAAAACUUGAGCCUUUAGAUUCUGCAUGCAGCAGCAGAAGAAGCAGUAUUUCUUCACAUGAGAGUUUCAACAUAUUAGAUUCUGGAAUUUAUCGUGUUAUUAGUAGAAGAAACAGUCAGUCUGAUGAAGAUUCUUGUUCCUUACAUAGCCAAACCUUAUCAGAAGAUGAAAGGCUAAAAGAAUUUCACAUACAGCAGGAAGAAGAACAGCUUGAACAAGACAGCAUAUCUCAUGCUUCUCUGGUGGUGGACAAUGUUCGGAAUGAGACUUUUCUUCCAUUCAGUAUUCCAUUGUCAUUCCGUUCCCCAUCUCCUCUCGUCUCCCUUCAAGCUGUUAAGGACAGUGUUUCUAGUUUUGUACGGAAAACCACAGAAAAGAUUGGUACUCGUCAUCUGAAUCCUGAUAGAAUAAGACAAGAUGUUAAAGAUGAAGAGCCACUCUCAGAAAUGCCUACCAGAUUAGAAGCUCAGCCUCUGGAAAAAGAAGUUGAGCUACAGAGCCAGUCUCCGGAAGAGGAUUACCUUAAAGACCUCAAAGCAGUAACUACAGAAACUCUGUCCAGACUCCAGGAUCCACUUGUUUUGUUACAACCACAAAACUUGAGGGCAAUUUUGCUGGAUUGGAUUCCAUUUCUUGAAGAAACCUGUGGAUUAACAACAGCUGUUAUUUUAAAUAACGAGACAACUGAGGGAGACAAAGAAAGGCCUUUUCAAUCUGAAGACAGAACGUUUCAAGAAGAUGCGCUAAAGGAUCAACACAAUGAGCCCAAAGAUAAGGAAGUGAACACAGUAUUGGGAAUAAAUGGUGAAAGUGAAAAUCCAAAUACAGUACAGGGUGAAACUAGGGAAGAAAAUACUAAUUCAGUUACAAAUUAUCAGGCUGAUAAUGUACUACACGAACAGCCUUUGAGGACAGAGACCAUUUUCAAUCAGCCGUACCAGAUUAAUCCCCCAUUUUUUAUAGCACAGAACAUUAAAAAAGACCUGACAGAGCUGACAACUUUAUGUUUUGAAUUAAAUGUAUAUGAAAGUUCACAAGUAAAUAAUGAGCCAGGUGUGUUACCCGAUGGUUCAUGUGCCCUGGCUUCUAAGUUCAUUAGAGACUAUUUUUUCCUCCUUGAUUUAGAAAGGUUGAAGAGGUGUAUUAUUACCUGUCAUAACAAUCAUCCUGAAGUCUGGGAUGUCUAUGUGGAAGGUCUGAAAGAACUGACUUUGACUAGCCCUGUGACAGUGGCCCUUGAAAACGGAGAUAUGUUUAAAACACUGAAGUUGCUAGUUGAUUUAGGGCCUUGGGAUGCUCCUGUUUUGCUGGCACAUGCUGAAAGGCUUUAUAAAAAAUUCAGAGAAACUUCUCUAAGGCCUUUGACCCGGUUCUACCCUUUGAUUGGACCUUCAGAUAUCAAGCAAAUUUGUAAAAAUAAUCCUGAACAUUUUCUAGCAUAUUUAGACAGCCUUAUAAAAUCAAAGGCUGAGGAUGAACGCUUGUCAUUCCUUAGAUCUCUUCUCCAUCCUGAUUCGUUACAAUUGGAGUGGCUGUGUUUGGCAAUGUGUCAUGAUGCCCCGCAUAAAACAAGCACAAUGGAUGCUCAAGGAAAUCCACGGCCACAUUCUCAUUUGUUUACUUGGGGGUAUAAUCAACUGAUUGUACUUUUACUUAAUCUUCCGACUGAUGUUGUAAGGAAGGAGAAAAUGACUGAUAUAUGUCAAAGCAAUGGCUUCUGGCCUGGAUAUCUUUCUCUCUGUUUGGAGUUGGAUAGAAGAUCAGAAGUAUUUACAAAAAUUGUUCAUUUGGAUGACAUGGAGUUAUUGAAUACCAAAGACGGAACCAUUCCGAAGACAAUAGAAGAAUGGAAGUUCCUUCUUUGCCUCGUGAAGAGUCAUCACAACAUCCAUGUUUCACAAAGGGACACAGCUGUUACUAAUGGUACUCCUGAAUGGUCAAAUUCUAUUACUGUUGAAAAUGUUGCACUCCUUGCAGCCAGAAUAAUUGGUCCAGAUCGCUCUUUGCAGAUGUUACAGGAAUGUGAUUUGAUAGCGGAAUUAUCAGAAAGAUUUGCCAAGAUUUGUGAGAUACUAAGAAUUGCUGAAAAACGGCAAAGAGCCCUGAUCCAGUCCAUGCUAGAAAGAUGUGACCGAUUUCUGUGGUCUCAACAAGCAUAAAAGCACCCUGGAUUGUAAAGAUUGACAAGAAUCAUUUUUCUUACGUUGCAUCAUUUUAAAGAAAAAUCUUCCUGUAUAGAAAAGGCGCAGUAAUGAAUAUAAUAAAGCUUUGUUUUUUAUUAUAUAUCUGUUCAAUAUUAGAGAGUAUAUUCCCAAUUAUUUAUAAGUGUUGUGUUGCAUGACAUUAUUAUGAAAAAGACGGAAAAUCAUUAUAUGCUUUUAUAUGUAUUUUUUCAACUAAUGCGAACAGGCAGAUGAAGAUGAAAUUCUUUAUUCUUAUUAUGUACUAUAUAUGUACUAAGUCCGUAAUGGCAAACCUAUGGCACGUGUGCUGGAAGUGGCACACGGAGCCAUGUCACCUGGCAUGUGCACAUUUCUCUGAUGCGCUUGUGCAUGUGACAAUCAGCUGGUCUUUGUGCAUGUGGCAGUGCUGGAAACUGGAAGAGCUGGUCUUCCAUUUUCUGGUGUGAACAUGCAUGCUGGCCAGCUGAUCAUCACCUGCGCAUGGGCGGCAGUAACCAGACGACUUGCUGGCCAGUGUGCAUGCGCCCCCUCUGGAAACCGGAAGUACCUUAUCCGGCGUGCGAAUGCCCCCUGGGCAGUUCCUGUUCCUGGUUGUGGGCCUGAUGAGCGUGUUCGAAGGGCUCCCUUUUUGGCACUUGGUGCCGCCAACGUGCAUGUUCUCUCUUUUCGGCACUUGGUGCUGAAAAGAUUCACCAUCACUGUACUAAGUGUUACAUUUGGUUAUAUUAAAAUACUGAAUUAUUAUCAACUUUUCUGUUUUAUUUUUAAAUAAAACAGCUUGCAAAUGAAUAUAAUUACAACCACUUUAUCAUUAAAAAACAUGUACUUUCUGAAUUAAACUGAAACCUUUGGCAUGGUGCAUUGUUCAGUUAAGCAUUUUAUGAUUGUAUCUAACAUUCCACAUAUGUAAAAAUAUUGUGAUAUGUUACUAGUUAUAUUAAAAAAUGAAAGAAGUAAUUAAUAGAAUUAAGCAGCAAUACUAAUAUAAUUCCAAACAGACGUUCAUGUAACUUACAUAUAUUUAUAAUUUGCCUAUUUCAGCAUUUAGUGAAUUGGUACAAUUCACUGUGGAAUGAGGAAAAAAAAUACCCACAUUUUUCUAAAAACAUGUCUGAGAGGUGGGGUAGGAAAGAGGACUUGUCUUACUUGGAUUUUCGAAAAAUUGAAGAUAUUGCUAGUAGAUAAAUGAAACUUUCUUACCUUGCAUAUGAUUGUGUUUUUCAUGUAUGCACUUAUAAUGGUUUGAAUAAGCAUCUAAAUUAUGCUUUUAUAUGAUCCGUGACAUGGACCAUGUACUACUGUACAAAUUUUUGUUUGUUGCUAAGGUAAUGAUUUUUGGUCUUGGUAGCUAGGGAAGGGAAAGAUUAAUCAUAAAUUUAUUAUGAUUAGUCUUGCAUUUUAUUAAAUUGAAUUAAAUUUGCACCAUCUUUAUUGUCUAGUUUACAGCAUUUCAAGGACAGACAUUUCAUUCUCCUACUUAUGUGUUUCAGGGUAGAAAGUGUGCAGUAAUGUCUUUUUCUCUUAGGUUGAAUAAAGCAAAAGAAAGGAAAUUUGUUACAGAGCGCUAAAUAAAAAAGACCUUAUUACUAUAGCCACAAUCCAAAGAAUCCCAUUCCCACAUGCAGUGGCUGAUCUAUGCUUCAUCUCCAUAGACACAUAGCAGCUUAUUGUUUUAUUUUGGGGAGGUUUUUGAUGGAACCAGGGGGUAAGCUAGAGCCACACUGUUUAACCCUUGAAAUCUGGGCUCACCCUGUUGUAUAAAUGAGUACUACCUCAAGUUUGUUUUAAGACUGAUUCAUAUGCACAGGGAGUUCAUGAAAUAGUACGAAUAUUUUGCACUGCAUUCUAUUUUCAAAAUUAUUACUUUUAGUGUAUGUCUUAUCUGUCUUCUAUUUUUACAAGAAACUAUUGAUUAACAAGCACUCAGUAUUACUUGUAAGCAUUUUGAUAUUAACAGAAAUCUGGAAUCAUGUUCUGUUUUUUUACCUAACCUGAUGUUUAAUAAAGUUAAUACAAUUUC